AUGGAAAUUUCUGAAGUCAUUGAGAAUCAAUCAUCAGAAAUCAUACAAAUUGAUCUUAACAAAUCGAUUUGUGAAUCUGAAUCAAGUGCAAAUUUACACAUUCAUAAAGAAGAUCAUGAAGAUGAAGAAGUGAGAGAGGUUGAAGAUGACCUAGUUUUGAUUCCUGCAAUCACAGAAGAGAGUACGGCUAAGGCAACAAAUAAUGGUGAAGAAAUUUAUGGUUGGUUGGUUGGAGAAACUAGGGCAAGUCUUACAGAAAUAUAUAAUUUGUAUCGCCAACAUGCGGCUGGUGUAGGUUUCAGUGUAAGGAAAGAAAAACAAGUACGAAAAGUUGGAACUACACAGGUCACAACAAAGUUGUUUCUGUGUUCAACAGCUGGAAAAAGAAACACUAAGUUGAAAAAAGACCAAAAACAGGAGAAAGAUGAACUUGAAAGUCUACUAACAGAGGAAAGUAAUACUUCUGUGAAAAAAAUGAAAAGAAAACCUAGAAGAGUUGCAGUAACUAGGACAGAUUGUAAUGCUUUGAUCAAAGCAAAACUGAAUGAUGGAGGUCAUUAUGAAAUAAUACAGCAUGUUAUGGCACACAACCACCCCCUGACAAGACAACAAUGGAACCAUUUACACCGCUCAAAACGUGCAAUGACAGUACCUAAGGAGCAAGCAAUAGAGGCUAUGCACGAAUUAGGGUUUCGACCUAGUGAGUCCUUUCGAUACAUGUCAAACGAAGCUGGUGGAGAAGAUGCUGUAGGACAUUCAUAUAAGGAUCAUAUGAAUUUCUGUUAUAAGAUGAAAAUUAAGGCUAUUGAAGGAGGAGAUUCUCAAGCUGUAUAUGACAAACUGCAAGAUGCUUAUUAUGAAGAUCCUAAUUUCUUUUUCAGAAUAAGGUUGGAUAAGGAAGGAAGGGUUUGUAAUUUGUUUUGGAGGGAUUCGAUGAUGCUAGAAGAUUACAAAAUUUAUGGUGAUGUUACUGUCUUUGACACUACUUACAGAACAAACCGUUACAACCUCAUCUGUGCACCGUUUGUGGGGAUUAAUAACCACUGGAAAAAUACUAUGUUUGCGUGUGCAUUCUUAGGAGAUGAGAAAACAGAAUCCUUUGUGUGGCUGUUUGAGACUUUCAAAAAAGCUAUGGGUGACAAAAGUCCAAUCACACUCUUUACUGACCAAGAUGCAGCUAUGGCUAGAGCAAUAAAGAAGGUAUUUCCAACCACAAGGCAUAGACUUUGCCUGUGGCAUUUGAUGCAGAAUGCAGUAACACGAUUUGGAGUCCUGAAGAGUGAUGCAACAUUCAAAGCCGCUUUCAACAAAUGCUUGAGUGGUUGUCUGAAUGAAGCUGAGUUUAACGCAUGUUGGGAAGCAAUGGUCACAAAGAGUGAGAGUACGAAUAAUGCUGUGGGUUUCAGAGCUACUAAGAAGACUAGUUUGACCGAGUUUUAUCAUAUAUUUCAAGAAACGAUAAAGAGAUGGAGAAGGACAAAAGAUAUUGAUGAAUUCAACACCACCAAAUCUAUUCCAACUUCACACUAUCCAAUGACUUCUUUAUUGAAACAUGCUGCUCAAGUCUACACACAUACACUUUUCAGGGAUUUUGAAGAAGAAUUUAAUCUUGCUGUUGCAUCGCAAGUACAACUCAUUCACACAAAUGGACCGAAGAUGAUUUAUCGAGUUUACCUUGAAGAUAGAGCUGGCUCCCCACAAUCUGUGAUGUAUGAUCCGCCGAAUGAGAUCAUUAUUUGUCCCUGCAAGAACUUUGAGGAGUCAGGUUGGUUGUGCUUUCAUUGUAUUCGUGUUUUGCAUCUGCAUUCUGUUCAAAGAAUCCCAGAGAAGUACAUCUCCUUUAGAUGGACAAAGUUCACAAAGGUUGAGGUGUGGAACAAGCAUGAGGCACAGCUAAAAGCUAAAGGAUUAUUGAACAGUUUCACCCCCUGGCGCUUACACAUGCUGAGAAAAUACUACAGUCUGAUCCUUAAGUGCCAUACAAUAGAAGAGGCUAGAAAAAUACUUGAAGAAAGCUACAAGAAAGAUUCAGAAGUUAUUCAAACAAUUGUUACAGCUGCAAGCAACAAUGAACUGAACACAACAAAUACGACAACUGAGAAUGAGAAUUCUGUGCAAGUGUUGGACCCAGCUCAUGCCAACACUAAAGGAAAGUCAAAAAAGAGGAUUCCAGGGAGUUAUGACAACUUUAACAAGGGGAAAAGGAGAAAGCACAGGGAAUUUGGCUCCAAAACUCCUAAGCAUUUAUUCUGA